CACAAUAAUAGUAAAAUUUGAAAUGAAAUUAUCAUUAUUACAAUUCGAGAGGCCAUAAAAUGCAGUUGUCGGUUCUUCAAAUCAGUAAAAAUACAACAGCGCCUUAUUUUUCUUUCAAUAAACUCAUUUUUGUGAUCCUGCUAUUGCUUCAAGUACAUGUCAGCAGUGUUACGGCUGAGCGGACAUGUCAUCAGUGUCGUGGUAUUAACUGUCUACGCACUACUUAUGAGGCCACACAAAAAUGCCUUAACAAUUUGGACAUUUGUGUAACCGUAUUUGAUGGACAAACUAUACUUGCUCAAGGUUGUCUAGAACAACUUUCCGAAGAACUGCGCAAUAAAUGUGGCGUUGAGACACAGACUCAAGUUUUUAAGGAAUCUAAUGAAUGUUAUAAGUGUAACGAAAAUAUGUGCAACAAUUUGGCAUCAAGUUCAUUUAAGUGUAUUCAAUGUGAUUCUGAUAAUGAUGAAAAUUGCCGCACCAAUCCAAAGAGUUCAUUGACAUCGAGAUGUGGUAUUUCACGGACGCCAAAUGAAUAUUGUUUUGUUAGACGGCAGGGAAAUCGAGUGACUCGAGGCUGUUCUUAUACAUUGGAAGAACAAAAGUCGUGUUUAUCCAGCUCCGAUUGUAUGAUUUGCCAACCAAGUGAAUUGAAUAAUUGUAAUGCUGAAGAGGUAAUCAACGAUGAUGCUAGUACAGGUGGUGAGGGUUCUGAUAAUGGUUCUGCUGGUGGAAAUUCUGGUGGUAAUGUCUCUAAAAGUGGUCGGACUUGUCAUCAAUGUAAUGGUAUAAAUUGUUUACGCACCACCUAUGAGUCAACGCAAAAGUGCCUCAAUGACUUGGAUAUCUGCGUAAGUGUAUUUGAUGGCGAAACAAUACAGGCUCAAGGAUGCCUGGAGCAACUUUCCGAAGAUUUGCGCCAUAAAUGUGACACCCAAAAUUUGAAUGAUACAACUAAUUGCUUUAAGUGCAACGAAAACUUGUGCAACAAUUUGGCUUCGAAUUCAUUUGAAUGUAUUCAAUGUGAUUCUAAAACUGACGAAAAUUGUCGUAAGAAUCCAAAAAGAUUGUUGCCUUCGAGAUGUGGAAUAUCCCGAACGCCUAAUGAAUAUUGCUUUGUUAAACAGGAAGAUGAACAUGUGAUACGGGGCUGCGCUAAAACUUUGGAAGAACAAAAAUCAUGUUUAUCCAGUGCAGAUUGUAUGAUCUGUCAACCUAGUCAAUUGAGUGGUUGUAAUGACAUUGAGCUAGUAAUUGAUGACAGUGGUUCAGAUGAUGGUGGUUCUGGAAAUGGUUCAGGUGGAGACGGAUCAGAAGAUGGUGGCUCCGGUAGCGGUUCAGAUGGUGAUGGUGGAUGGGGUAGUGGGUCAGAUGGAGGAAACACAAAUGGAUCAGGCAGUGGAGGAUCUGAUAGUGAUAAUGGGGGAAGUGGAUCAGGUGGUGAAGAAAACACAGGAGAUGGUGGAUCGGGUACUGGAGAAUCUGAUGAUGGAAGUGGUGAUAAUGGUUCAGAAAGUGGAGGAACUAGUGAUAGACCUGAUAACAAUAGCUCCAAUGUUAAAAGUUCUCAUUUUGUUAUUUUUGUGGUAAAUAUAAUGAUUGCAUUUUAUUGCAUUUAAUAAUCUGCCUACACAUAAGUACAUGUUGCAUAAGUAAGUAAAUAAACGUUUAUGCUGGAA